AAGGACCUCAAAUAGUUUUAUUUGUGUGAGUUAAAACAUUCGUGUGAUUGAAUAACGCAUUGAGUCAAGGCGUAACAAGCAAAGCACAAGGUGACUUAAAACUGAUUGUAAAUUAACCGUCAGCAGCACUACUUCCUGAGUUUAGGGAAGGGGCUUGGUCUCGUGCCUGCGCCCCGCGAACGCGCAUCAAAUUAGCAUCGAUGAAGUUUGUGCGAACAUGGCGGAUUUCCUGCCGACCAGUUCCAUGUUAAAAGUGUGUCUGCCCGUCUGCCUGCUGAACAGCGGGGAGGUGGAACAGCUCCGAAAGUCCAAGGAGAUCGACCGAUGUAUCUCACGGGAGAAAACGUACGUGAAGCGGCUGGUGAAGAUCCUGUUGCUCGGCGCGGGCGAGAGCGGCAAGUCGACUUUCCUCAAACAAAUGCGGAUCAUCCACGGCCAGGACUUCGACCUGCAGGACCGAGAGGACUUCCGAGCCACGAUCUACAGCAAUGUUAUCAAAGGUAUCCGCGUGUUGGUGGAUGCCCGGGAGAAGCUGCACAUUCCAUGGGGUGACCCGGACAACCAGAGCCACGGCGACAGCCUGAUGGCGAUCGACACCCGGUCGCCUAAGAUGGCCAGGGGGCGGCUGGAGACGUCCAGCUUCCUGCGCUACCUGUCCGCCGUCAGAGCUCUGUGGGACGACUCGGGCAUACAGAAUGCGUACGAUCGUCGCAGGGAGUUUCAGCUGGGGGAGUCGGUGAAGUAUUUCUUGGAUAAUCUGGAUAAGCUUGGCGAGCCGGACUACGUCCCCUCUCAGCAGGACAUCCUGCUGGCUCGCAAACCCACCAAGGGCAUCCACGAGUACGACUUUGAGAUCAAGAACGUUCCCUUCAAGAUGGUGGACGUGGGUGGCCAGCGGUCGGAGCGGAGGCGCUGGUUCGAGUGCUUCGACUCGGUCACCUCCAUCCUCUUCCUCGUCUCCUCCUCCGAAUACGACCAGGUGCUGAUGGAGGACAGGCAGACCAACCGGCUGCGCGAAUCGCUCGACAUCUUCGAGACCAUCGUCAACAACCGCGUCUUCGUCAACGUUUCCAUCAUCCUCUUCCUCAACAAGACGGACCUGCUGGAGGAGAAGGUGAAGAGCGUUCCGCUCAAGGACUACUUUGCCGAGUACGAAGGGCAGGAGCACAACCUGCUGGACAUCCAGGCGUUCAUGGUGGAGUGCUUCCGGGCCAAGAGGCGCGACGCCACCCAGAAGCCCCUGUACCACCACUUCACCACGGCCAUCAACACGGAGAACAUCAGGCUGGUGUUCCGGGACGUCAAGGACACCAUCCUCCACGACAACCUCAAACAGCUCAUGCUCCAAUGACCCCCGUCGACCUGUGAAAAUAGAGGACCUGAAUGGGGACAGACCGCCCCCGACGAGGACUUAGGAGAGACCGGCCUCAGAAGAAACCGUGAGACGUCGGCGUUCUUCUCCAGCCGUUUUUAUUUUCGUUUUUACCCACCUCUUUGAAGAGUCGGUCUUCUUGUUAGUUAAGGGUUUGAUAGGGAAACGAGUCUGUGUGGCCGACUGUCUAGUCACAGUCUUGAGACUCUCUCUCCUCUGGCUGCGGAAACCUGCGAAACUUUUUCCAAACCCGGGCACAUGGUCUCCAUGCCAAGCAACAGAUACAGGAGCGACGAUGUCAGCAAAAGAGUCAGACGGGUCACCACGCACCAGAAUCCUCAGCGCCAAUGCUGAUUUUCCAGUUUGUGUCCAAAGCACUGACUUCUUCCAGUCCAAAAUCACUCCAUUAUAUCCGUUGCACCUCCAGUGCCGCUUUGUGUGCGUCGCCUCUGUAGUUUGUCGAAGGGUUUGCCAUCUUGCUGAUCUGGAGACUGCACAAUUGUUUUGUUAUUGCAGCACCGUCCCUCCCGCUUCUCGUCCCAGUCAGUCACCUAUUUUCUCGGCCUCGAGACCAGCGGGUCGAAAGUGCCGGCGCUGAGGCGUGUUUGCCAGCACAAGGACCAGUUUGUUGAUGGGGGGGGGGAAAAGCGUUCAGAAAGUUUAAUAUUUUAAGUGGGAAAUGGCUCCAGCACUGGCACCUUCUCCAGGAUUACAAAAAAUAUGCAAGAAAAGGGCACAACCACAAGACUGAACCUACGAUGCUGUUCCAUGUAAUCUCCUAUGUAGACUUAAUCACUGUUUAAAUCCUGUAUUUGUGCCUGUUGCCUCUAUAGAGUUAAAGCCAAUAUUAGCGGCCUUCAACAGAUAACGAAGAAGCAAGUUCCCAUGCAAGUUGUCCUUUUUUUGUUGUUUUGAAGACAAAAUGUCCUUAAAUGGCGCAUUAGGCAGUCGUGCCAGCAAGUGAACAUGCAGUCCGCUGUUUUCUCAGGGUUGAAUCAAAACCAGCGUUAAUGCUGGUGAUCUAACUGAAUAAUGUAAUCUUUGUCCGUGCGGCAGAGCGGCGAGACUCAGCCAGGCCUCAGUUCAGUUCGCUGGGUGGUGUUUGGUACUGUCUCCUCCUGUCUUUGACCCCUGAACAUUGACCCAGAAUCCCCCGCCCUCUCGCUCUGUUUCCAUCUCUGAUUAGAUGCCUUGUAAAGGGACAGACCUUCCCCGUUUGCCAAAAUGAUGAAUGUCUGUUAGUAGAUGUAGAGAGAUUUGCUCUAGAUUGUCUGAAUAUACUGUAACCAACAUUGUGAGGUGUGACUCCAGGCGUCUGUGAAAACCCCUUGACGGUUUGCUUGUGUACGCCAACUUGACCUAUUUAGGAGUUCCCUUCUCUUUUUUUUUUUUUUUUUUUUAAAAGCAUAAGGAAUUUCUUGUGGGGGGACAUUUAGACAAACAAAAAAGUUUCUGGACUUGAAUACUUUUGUCAGCAACUGUAUUCUGUAGGAGCCCAAUCUUUUUUAGAGGACAAUUUCCAAGCACUGUUUGAAUCUGUUUCUAUGCCAAAUCACCCUGUGCUUUCUUGGGACUGUUCACAUCGACAUUCUCUCUUAUUAUUUUUCCAAAUUCAAGCUCCUGUGAGCGUCAAUUUGCUUCUAGUUCUGGCUUUGUACAUACUGUAAUCUGUUGCCAUGUAAAUAAUAUUCAGGUUUAUCUCUGUGUAUGUAAAUGGUUGUAGAAAUGGAUUUUAUUGUUUCCCAUUUUGAAUGUUUCAAAUCACUGCUUUUCCAAUUAAGAUUACCUUUUUGAUUAGGAUGUAUGUCUUAUUUUUUUUCAUCACCUUAAUUCCUGUGCAAAGUCUCAUGCCACUCUAACCCUAUCAAUAAAAUACACUUUUCUAAUGAAAGAAGGCUACGUUUGCUUUAUUUUUUACUAUUUCUGUUACAGUAUUUGCCUAUUCAUGACUAACAUUAGUCCAAUGUAUUUGUAUUUUAAAAGUACUUAAACAAACAA